GAGUUAUUCACCAGAGUCCUGACAACCACAAAAGCCACCGUAAAAUCAACCUUUACUGUGUUUUGUGAACAAGACGUGAUAGAUGCAAAUGAACUCACAAGGAAAUACUACACUAUUGCUAAUGAUACCACAAAACAUUCUGACUCAAUUAAAGCAGUUUUUGACCAAGCUGCAGCAGAUUGUAAAACCGAAGAUGUGAAUAUGGUUCAAUUUGCAUUGAUGACUUUUGUUACUCAUCAUCAUAAUGCCAGGAAAAAAAAAAUCCGAAUUCCGUCUUUGGCUCGUCGUAAUCCAGGUCUUAGUGCUCCUGCUAAGCCUGUUUAUAUAACCCCAGGCCCUUUUAUUGGUAGUAGACCAGUUGCACCAACUCAAGAUGUUAGCAGUGAACAAGUUCUUGACUAUUGGCGUGAAGAUCCAAACUUGAACCAACAUCAUGAGCAUUGGCAUAUUGUAUACACUAAUCAACCACUCCCUGAUCCUCAAUUUCCCCACGAUAAGAGUAAGGAAUAUAUUAAAGAUCGUCAAGGUGAACUCUUCAUUUACAUGCACAGACAAAUGGUUGCCAGAUAUAAUGCUGAGCGCCUUGGAGUUGGUUUGGGUGCUGUAAUACCUCUUGAGAAUUAUCAUGAGCUUAUUCCAGAAGGCUAUUUCCCUUCACAACAUUUAGUUGACGACAUGGAUAAUACAACUUUUUCCUCUCGUGCUUCUGGCUUAAAAUUGGUUGAUGUUAGCAAGAAAGGCCGUCCAGAUCAACACAUUAAAGUAUCUGAAUUGGCAAGACUCCGCGACCUUAUUAAAAAAACCAUCGAACAAGGUCACUUUGAUGACACAAAGAAAACUCCGGUUACAGCUGAACUGUUAGGUCGCGCAAUUGAAUCUGGUCUUCAAUCAAUGACUGGGUUUGAUCAGUAUGGACCGUUCCAUAAUAUUGGACAUAUGCUGUUAGCAUUUAUUAAUUGUCAAAAUACCAAGGAACUCGACCGUGGUGUAAUGGGUGAUGUACGUGUCGCAUGUCGAGAUCCGGUUUUCUGGAAGUGGCAUAAACAUGUUGACGAUCUUUUUAGAAUUUAUCAAGAAAAGCUAGGACCAAAUCAUUUUAACGACUGUCCACCCGUAAAGAUUUCAUCAGAUGGUAUCAUCCUCUGUUUCAAAGAUAAAAUACCAGGUAUUAAAGGAUUAAAGGAUCCCCAACAAGAUAUUGAAGCAACUAAAUGGGGAGAACAAACCUUUGGUGGACAUCAUUUCCAUAAAGAACAUGAUCUUCAAUCCACUAAUGUAUUGGAAACUAAGAUGAAACAAAGAAAACAUGCUUGGCUUGAAGAUGAUCAAUCAACUCAAAUAAUUGAAUAUCUUUUCCCACGAGAAUGGUAUUAUUUCUUCCGCGUUGAGAACACUUCUAAUACGAACAUCAAUGUUACUAUCCGAGUCUUCAUUGUCCCCAUAGAACGAUGCGACAGUUUUAACGAAUGGAUCGAAGUCGACAAGUUUAAACAAGAGCUUCCACCGAAAUGCGGAACCGUUGUUGCACGUGAUUGUGAUCGUUCGUCAGUGGUGAGACAACCACCACAAAAAACCAUAGAUGAAUUAGAUGAUACAGCAAUUGCGGCCAAUACGGAGGACCAAGAAUCUGAUGAAGAGAAAUACUGUGACUGUGGAUGGCCGUUCCAUCUGUUAUUACCUCGUGGUUCGCGUAAUGGAAUGAAGUUUAAGUUAUUUGUAUUUAUUAGCGAUUGGGAGAAAGAUAAAGUUCCUCAAGUUAGUAGAUGUGGUAGUUUGAGUUUCUGUGGUGCAGAAGGACCAAAGGACAAAUAUCCUGAUAUCCGUCCAAUGGGCUAUCCUUUUGAUCGUCCUUUCAAAGACU